AUGGUACAAACACGUCUUGCCAUAUUAAAAGGUAUGUUACGUUUAACGUGUGACGGGUGGCAAGAAUUAAAUACCAUUGUCAUAGAUGAAACCAGAAGAAAUGGCCGUCUACAGGAAUUAAAAGCAUUUUUGCUCAGACAAAAAUAUCCUAAUGACUUAAUAGAUAUAGCAAUUGAAAAGGCCAAGUCAAUACCGACUGCAGAUCUCCGUUCUACUAGACGAGGACGCCAGGAAAACAAUAAGGAAAUCCCGCUGGUCGUUACCCAUAACCCACGGAACCUUAAUAUAUAUAACUCCGUAAAACAGUGUUUUCCUAUUUUACAGCAAUCCCAAAAUUUAAAGGAAUUAAUUGACCCGAAGAGCAUCAUCUAUAGCCGACGCCAACCUCCAAACCUAAAGAAACUCCUAACAAGAGCCAGAUUCUCAUCGGAUGAGGAAAAACGCACUGUAGCCAAAUGUAUGGAUCCCCUGUGUGGAACCUGCCCUUAUUUAAAAACCGGAGAAAAUUUUACAUUUAAAUGUGGAUGGAAUGGAAAUAACUGUGAUCAGGACAUCAAUGAAUGUGCUGUUUCAGUAUUUUGUGGACACGGUACCUGUACAAAUACAGCUGGUAGUUUCCUUUGUACCUGUCCUUCCUCUGUUUAUGGUCUGCGGUGUCAGCUUGAUGAGGAUGAAUGUCUUCUGGAGCCUUGUAAUGGAGGAGAGUGUGUCAACAAGAUCGGGAGUUACUCGUGUCUGUGUAAAACUGGAACAACUGGUAAAAACUGUGAAUCGUUGACUGCUCACCAAUGUCAUGGUGAUACGUGUAAAAAGCAUGGGCAUUGUCAUGUUCAGCAUGGUAAAGCUGUGUGUACGUGUAACAAUGGAUAUACCGGCCCUGAUUGUUCCAUAAAAAAUUCGUGUGCUAACAACCAGUGUCAAAAUGGUGCUACAUGUGUGAUAUCUGGAACAAAUUACACGUGUCACUGUGCUAAAGGCUUCAUGGGGGAACUUUGUGAUAAAGUAAAUUAUUGUGCAAUUGAUCCUUGCAAAAAUUCUGGAUAUUGUAUAAAUACCGCGUCUGGAUAUAAUUGUUCAUGCAAUGAUCAUUUUAUGGGACAAAACUGUAGCACGUACGAUUACUGUUUUCGACAGAACUGUAAUAAUCGUGGACAAUGUCAAAACAGGCCAAACGGUUAUUCAUGUCAGUGUAGGUCUCAGUAUCUUGGUAAGAAUUGUGAGCUGAAUAAUCAUUGUUAUAACAAUCCAUGUCAACACGGAAACUGUUCAAAUACAUAUACCAGCUAUACAUGUCACUGUUUAUUUGGUUUUACUGGAGAUCUUUGUGACAAACGUGAUUAUUGUGCUAGUAAUCCCUGCAAAAAUUCAGGGCUGUGUAGUAAUACUGAUUCUGGAUAUAACUGUUCUUGUAUUGGUUCUUUUUAUGGAGAACAAUGCAGCAAAUAUGACUAUUGUUUCAAUCAAACAUGUAAUGGCCAUGGAACCUGUCGUAAAUUAAUAAUACCAUCCAAUGGGCAGAACUACUAUUUGUGUGAAUGUGAUGCUGGAUGGACUGGCUCAGAAUGCCAGUAUUAUAAUAACUGCCAUAAUAUAUCUUGUUCUAAUCAUGGAACAUGUUUUAACAGUGGCACUGAUUUUCUGUGUGUAUGUGAUCCUGGAUUUUCUGGAAGAAUGUGUGACUUAACUCAGCACUGUAAAUCAUCGUCUUGUGAUGCCCCUCGAGUAUGUAUGGAAAAUAAAAUGGGAUAUUCUUGUGAAUGCCCAUUUGGGGUGGCAGGAAGCAACUGUGAUAGAAUUGACCACUGCCUGAAAAAACCAUGUGGGUAUCAUGGUACAUGUAAAGACACAGACAUCGGAUAUAACUGUUCUUGUUACACUGGGUGGACAGGUGCUUCAUGCGAUGAGAUAGAUCAUUGUGCAAAUAUUUCAUGUCAGAAUGGUGCGAUUUGCAAGAACAGUUUACUCAACUACACUUGCUCUUGUAAAGACGGAUUUUAUGGUCAAUUUUGUGAAACCACAGAUUAUUGUUACACUAAUCCGUGCAUUAAUAAUGGCACAUGUCACAAUCAGGCUAACUCAUUUACCUGUUCGUGUCCUAGUGCGUGGACAGGGCAGCUUUGUGAGAAGGAAAAUCUGUGUUUCACUUCUCAACCUUGUGGACAACAUGGUCAUUGUUUACAAGUUGAUAUGCAAGUGCAUUGUUCAUGUUUUGCUGGCUGGAUAGGAGAAAAUUGCACAAUUAGGGAUUACUGUUAUAAGUCUUCUUGUGGCUCUAUGGGAACUUGUCAGAGCUUAGCAGAUUCUUAUGUUUGUAAAUGCCACCCAGAAUGGACGGGGAAUUACUGUGAAACGUAUGCUUGUGAAAACAACACCUGUCUACACGGAAGUUGUCACGCCGCUAAAGAUUAUCUUUAUUCCUGUGAUUGUGAUCCUGAAUGGAUUGGAGAUGAUUGUGAUGUGGUGAAUCCAUGUAACUCCACGUUAUGUGAAAACGGUGGAAAGUGUAUGGCCCAUUUAUUUAAUCCACAAUUAAAUUCAACUGCAAUAACAAACGCAACAGCAUCAUGCAGAUGUGCAAAUGGAUGGGAAGGUGAAUAUUGCACAGUUGAUGUUGAUGAGUGUCAACAAAAACAUCCUUGCCAUGGACAUGGCUCUUGUUUAAAUAGUGCUGGUUCUUUUACGUGCAAUUGUGAUCAAGGCUUCACUGGCAUCGAUUGUGAUGUAGAUAUUAACGAAUGUGCGUCUACUCCAUGCCAUAACAAUGCAACCUGCGCAGAUGGUGUUGACAGUUUUGCGUGCUCAUGUUCUUCGUUUUACCAUGGUGAACUGUGUGACAAAGAUAUUGAUGAAUGUCAGUAUUUUGUUUGUGGUUCUCAUGGGACUUGUAUUAACAAGUAUGGAGAUUAUAAGUGUGUGUGCGCACCAACCUGGACAGGACGUCAUUGUGAAAAUCAUAUCAAUUCUUGUUCUCUUGACCCUUGUAAAAAUAAUGCAACAUGUCAUGAUGUAGGCGAUUUAUUCUUCUGCACAUGUGACAAUCGAUUUACUGGGCAGCAUUGCGAUAUUGAUGUGAACGAAUGCAUAACUAGAUCUCUCUGCAAAAAUGGCGCAUUUUGUGCAAAUACAUAUGGGUCAUUUUAUUGUUCCUGUCCAGAAGGCUGGAGUGGGGAAUUUUGUGAAGAAGACAUAGAUGAAUGUCAAAACAAUGUUUCUUGUCCAAAAAACACUACAUGUGUUAACAAGUUAAACGGAUUUGAAUGUCAUGAUUGCUCUACUUUUCAUUGUCUAAACGGUGGAAAAUGUCUUGAUACAGAGUUGGGACCAGUCUGUAAUUGCACAGAAGACUGGACAGGUACUCAGUGCAAUGAAAUCAAUUUUUGCAAAGACGACCCCUGUGGGGCACUUCAGAUCUGCAUCAAUGAAAAAAGUACCUUCACUUGUGAAUAUCACUCCUGCAAGAGUUCUCCAUGUCAAAAUAGUGGCAAAUGCAUUGAAAGGGGCCUUGAAUAUCACUGUGAAUGCAAAUCUGGCUGGAAAGGAAAAUUAUGUGAGGAAAAAGAUUAUUGUGCAGUAAAUGUUUGUGAAAAUAAUGGAACUUGUCAUAGUGGGUAUUCUUCUUUCUUAUGCGUUUGCUCCAAAGAAUGGUAUGGAAAACGUUGCGAACUCCAUAACUUUUGCGUGGACCAUCCUUGUAAAAACGGUGGGCUUUGUCAAAAUUUGUUAGAUACAUAUUUUUGCAAUUGUCCACAGGGAUGGAUUGGUAAGGAUUGUAAUAUUUAUAAUCACUGUGUAAAUUUACCAUGCAGAAAUGAUGGUAUCUGCAUCAACAAAAAUACAUCCUACACUUGUGAUUGUCCAGAUGAAUGGAAGGGAGAGAACUGCGAGGAAUACAAUUACUGUUCAAGUUCCCCCUGCCACAACAAUGGAACUUGUCGUAGUGGAAAAGAUUCUUUUUCUUGUUCAUGCUUACCAGGCUAUUUAGAUAAAACUUGUGACGUAUUCGAUCAGUGUCUUUCAGCACCAUGUCAAAAAAAUGGGACCUGUAUCAUGAAUCAGACUAAUUAUGAAUGCCGAUGUCAUGGCGGAUACAUCGGAAAGCAAUGUGAAAAGGAUCUAGACGAGUGUAAAAUGAAUCUUUGUCCGGCAAAGUCGACCUGUUUUAAUCAAGACGGUGGAUAUUUGUGCUUAUGGGAGAGGAGACUCAAGAGGGCAUACAUUUCAAAGGAAUUGAAAUAUGGUGUCCUGGAACUGCAGUAUGCUAUAGACAAGAGUGAGGUACAUAGAAACAUAGUCCAUGCUGAACAACUAGUAGAAGAAAAGUUCUGUCAAACGAGGCUAUCGUUGUUCCAGCCGACAUCAUUGGUAUCAGAAGGGAACAGAAAAAUGUACCUCCAUUUUAACUACCUGUGCAAAGGGGUAGAGGACUACUUCUGAUGAUGUUUAUGCGACCACCCAAUUGAAUUAAUACUAGUUCUCAAAUUUAUAUAUUUACCUUUUUAUUGUGUUAAAUAUAUUGAACUACUAGGUAAACUGAUUUAUUGAUGAUUCAUUGGAGAAUUAUUGAUUUUCAUUUAAUAAAUUUACAUGGGAUGCAUCAUUGUGUAUUUUGAUAUUUUGGAGUAAAUUAUGAAAUUUCAGGCAGUGCAAAAUA